AUGGGACAACUCAGUCAGAUGACAAACUCAUCUGAAGAAGGCAGUGAUGCUUUAGAUACAGAUAAGAUAAAAGAUCUCGUCAGCUCUCAAGCCUACGAGCUGUUCAGUUUGCUGUCGCAGUGCGUUGUCAUGCCGCUGCUGUUCAUGGUGGGCAUCCCGUCCAACGUCGUCAACUGUGUCGUCUUCUGGCGCCAGGGAGUCCGAGACCGCAUGAACCUCUGCCUCUUCUGUCUGUCCCUCGCAGAUCUUCUCCACAUGACCUUUCUCUUCGCACAGUCAGUCAUCGGACCGUUUGUGGAGUUUCAAGACAAGGUGCUGGGUCAGGAGAUCUCCAAUAAGAUAACAGCCUACACAAAAUGGUUUAGUCUGGAAAUGUACAGCAUGUCCGGUUGUAUCAGCCUCGUUAUCGCCGUGGAGCGGUGCGUGUGUGUCAUGAUGCCGCUACGUGCGGUGUCCAUCAUCAGCACGCGCACCACGGGGAUGGUGCUAGCCGUUAUUUAUGUCAUCACCCAGCUGGGUUUCAUCGUCAACAUCUUCAACUACGACGUGGUGGCCAUAAAAGACAACAAUACCCAAAAGAUCAUUGCAUGGGGCUUGACUUCCUCUAAAUUAUGGCAAGAGAACUUAGUUCUGUUCACCACCAUCCAAAGACUCAUUCUGCUGACUAUUUUACCGUUCGGUAUAUUCGUAGGUCUGUCUGUAGCGACGGCGGUGACGGUGGUGAAGUUGAAGGCCGCCAUGCUGUGGCGGAAGAAGACCAGUUCCAACAGCAGCCAGAGUUCCGGCCAGCAGAGGGCGCUGACCAAGAUGCUGGUGUUUGUCUCAUGUCUGCACAUCGUCACGGCCGCGCCUCAGCUCAUCUUCAUCAUGGUGGUGUACUUCGUCAGCGACUUUAACUUCGGCGGACGCCUCGAGAAUAUAUUUCGCGUGGUAGUCAUAGUUAAAGGGAUCAGUGCGAUGGUCAACAGCUCAGUCAGCUUCGCCAUUUACUAUCGCCAGUCCUCUCGCUACAGGCGCGAGAUGCGGGCUCUGUGUUGCUGGUGGAACAGACUGGAAACCAGUCUUCGGAAAGGAAAGGUAGGCUAG